AUUUUUCGCGCUAGUUUUACGCGCGAUUCGAAAAAGUGCCGGCUCGGUAUGCAGUUGCAUAACAAUGCAACGGACGAAGGCCGCUAGGAAAAUGUCGUGCUAGUGCAGUGAAAAUUUGCCUUCGGUGUAACGUUUCCACGCGGUGUUACGUGCGGCCGGUAGCGGAUUUGGACCGAUUUCAGUGCACAGACGACUUGACCAUCGCUCUCUUACGAAACGUUUCCAAAAACUUUUUAGCCGGAAAAAGUUUACGUUUCGCCAUAACGACAGUUAUCUGAUAAUUAUAAAGCGAUCUUUAAACUCGUUUACAGUCUGUUGGAAAUACUAAUAUCCGUUACCGAAGUGUGAGUGAGAAUUCAGUUAGAGUUACAAUAUAACCACAAGUGAAUACGAUCCUGGAAACGGUACGAAAGUGAGAACUGUGUUGGUGAACUGUGCGCGGUUUUACAUACGAAAAAGAAAAAAAUAUAUCGUGUCGACCGGCGUUACGAAAGUGCAUAGAGUACACAGCGUGAGACGGCGCCGGCGCAACCUCAGUCCGUUUGCGGCUAAGUAAACCGAGAUACGCGGGGCUGUCGCAAAUCUUACUCGCAUGGUGCAAUACAUCUAACAUGCCUCACGUGGCCUUGGAUCGAUAUCUGGCAGUGAUUGAGUGAUUCUUAUGAGACUUAUGAUGUGCGAAAGGGGUGUGCGGCAAGGGACUGCGUAAGUGCCGUGUUGAGCGCGUGUCGGGCAUGCGUGGCGAGCAUGCUAGCCUCGCGGGGCGCUGAUCAGUGACGGCGCCCGCGCGGUUGCCAUGGGCGCGGCGCGUCAUGCGCUCGCGGACGCGCCCCUUGCGGCUGCUGGUGGCGGCGCUCGCCCUGGCGUCCUGCGCCGCCGCGCCCGCACCCGCGCCCGCCCCCGCCGAGCCGCGCGCGCAGCGUUCCGCCAACCUCAGCCACAUCACCGGCACCUCGCGUACCAUACAAAUGUUCCUCAAGAAUCGAUAUCUCCAGCUAUUACCCGAUGGCACCGUCAACGGUACUACAGAAGACAAAGGCGUUUACACGAUACUUCAGCGUGCGACAUACAAGGUCGGCCUCCUGACGAUCCAGGGGGUGUCCACCUGCCUCUACCUCUGCAUGGAUGCCUGCGGCUUCCACUACGCUAAUAAGGAUCUGUCUGAUGACUGCGUGUUCGAAGAGCACAUAGAAGAGAACAACUACAACACGUAUUCAAGGAUCCGAGCCGGCAAGAAGACAUACCUCGCGUUAGACAACCGUGGCAGGUCGCGACGCACACAGAUCCCCGUCAGCCGGCCCCUCGGAAACCUCUCGGGGUACGCCCUCACGCUGACUACGCGAUGGGAUGGACCACGGCAGUCGCAGUGUCCGCCACGCCGCCACCGCGGCAAACUCAAGCGCCCACCCCCCUUCCAUAGGAACUGCCACAAACGCCUGCAGAAGCAGAAUAUGAGGCAUAAACGUAAGCACAAGAAAGCGAACGAUCCGAAAAAGAAGCAGCGUCAUCCCAAGGGUAGGAGAAAACACGACAACGGCACGACCACCACGACGGAGGUGACAUGGGAUGAGUCGACCAUGUCGACUGUGUCCACUACCGAUGCGGAGUUUUUUCGGUCGGCGACCGCGCAGGAGGCGGUCGGCCGCGCGUGAGCCCGCUGCUCCUAGGCGCCGCCGUUGCGCUCGCACAAUACCGACGUUCCGCCCCCCGCGCCCCGCACACGCUCCACUCCCCGGACCACUAGCCGACCUCAUACUCUAGCGCUGGGCGGCGAAACUACGGUCACUGCUUGCUCUAUUUGCAAUUAAAACUUUAAAUUACACAAAACAAAUAAUAUUGGUGAUAUGAACUUGUAAAUAUCAGAAUUAGUUGACAAAACAGGUUAUGGAUGGCUUUUGGUCAGCAUUUGACCAGUUUAAAGCGCCCCGUUUUGGACAAUCCCGUUUGUAAUUUUAGAUAAGUGCACCGGUGACCUGUUUCGCCGCUUCAAGGCCGAGGUUGCUUCGACUAUUGCGAUUGUUUUGUAAUAUUAAAUGUAAUGAAAUACUCAAUCGAGUCGCAUCAAAUGAACAAAUCGAUGUCUGAGCUGCAACGUGUAAUAACAAAAUGAUAUUAUUCUACCAAAGCUACUGAAAUUAUCUAUCUCAAUUUAUAUUCCUAGUUCGCUUUAAAAUGUAGGUUUAUCGGCAAGAUUCCAAUUGUCUUAGUUACUGUUACUUGUCAUGAAAUUAUUAACGUAGAUGAUAAAGUAAUAAUAAAUUUAAUCGAAUGGAAUAAUUUGAAAUGUGUCAAGAAUAUCGUUUGGUAAGGAAAUGUUAGAGUUAGCUGUAGGAUUCCUGUUCGCGCACUCUCGCUCUGGUACGUUGGUACUGUACGGAAUCAAUCAGUUCCUUUAUUUUUCCCACUAAAUGGUGUCCGCCAUGUUUAUUUGAAUGAAGUUGACAUUUCAACUGUCAAAAGUGGACGUCACUUACUCUAUGGUACCAUUUGCAAUGUGGACACGAACAGGAAUCGUAGAAAGGUUUUGUACUUAGUUGGAUGAUUGGGGGAUUAAUUUCAUAAGAAAUUGACUGAAAAUAUAUGACUGAGUAAUGUAGGUUUGUUGGUUUCGGAAUAGGUAAGGCAUUGUGCGGCGGACGGCUGGCUAUUUUUAUAAGUUCGAAGUACCAUAGACAAGCGGUCUUGUUUUGUUUCUGUCAGAAAAAAUAUUUGGAACAUUAUUUCGUGUUAUCGAUGGAUGCUAUUUUCUCGAAUAAUGCAUCGAUUCAAGACCGCUUGCCUCGGGCAAUUCAAAAAAAUUAGUGAUAAACGAUAAACGGAGAUGAAGUGACUACUAGUAGAUAGCUCUUAAAACGUGUAUCUAAUUUGUAAAUUAUUUAUUUUCCAUAGAGAAAGUCGUAUUUUGUUAACGUUUUAGUUGAUGUUUUUAAUUAUUAUUAUUCUCUUGUCCCCUUAGUUCCAACCGAAUGUAGAUACGUAGGAUUUUAUACGCUUGUACUUUUAGUGAGCCAAUUUUGUGUAUUAUAUUAUUUUAAUCGGUUCGGUAGCGAUAUGUGCUUUUACAUGGUUUUUGUAUAGAGUAUGGACGCUUUAAAUGUGAUUGUAUUGACUCGAAGCGCGGUUACAUUCAUUUUAGUGAACCCUCGCAUUUUUGUAUGUAGUUUAAUGAAACUUUUAUAGGAUUCAGCGAAUUUCAUUUGAACCACAGUGAAGAUUCUAAAAAUAAUUUGACAAUGCUAUAUUUAUAUUACCACACUUUAAGUUGUAACUCAUAUAUUUAUUUAUAUUUUCAAUGUUGUAACUUUUUUUAUUAGUCUUAAUAUAUCGCUGAAUCUUAUAUCAAGAGUUUCGGAAACAUGUACAACAAGCUUUAUGAAUGUACCUACAUAUGUUAGUUGAAUAUUGCAGUUUAUUUAUGAUGUAUGUAUUUUUUAAAAGAAUCACGCGAAAAUGACAUGCAAUCUUUUACAAUAUAAAAGCAUUUAUUUUGUCUUAAAAACGUCGGUGCCGUUACAUCGAUGUAUCGAUUUGUGUCCUUUUCGAUUGAAAAUAAUCGAUUAAUCGGGUACAAUUUUACUCGUUAUCGUAUUGUAAAUUAAACCGUGCGAUUUUUAAAUUAGAAUAGCACCAGUAUUUGGAUAUUGUAAGAAUAUUCUCCAUUACAAUAUCUAGUUUUUAUUAGUUUUAUAUUCUGUAGACGAUGUAAGUGAAAAAUCGAACUGUCAAUGUCAUUAAAGAACGUUACGAUAAACACGAUGUAAUAGCCUAAUAAUUUCGUAAUUUAAUUGUGAUGAUCACAAAAUUAUCCUAAACAAAUUAUUAAUGAUUAUUUUUUAACUGAAUAUAAUUAAAUGACAUAAUAAAAUGUUGCCUGUGUAAAAAAUACUUAAAGAUUGUAUUGAUCGUUAUUAAAAAGGUCUAAUGUGAAAUUAUUAGGCUAGUUUACAUUAUUUAUACUGCCGAAAUGUAAAAUACAAGUUGAUGUUAUAUAUUAUUUAUACACAAGUGCCAUAAUAUAUCUAAUUAUCUGGAUUUAUAUACCGAAUGAGGGGAUAUUGUUGAUUUCCAAUGUCUAUGUCCUAUUUUCGCAAUUUAUCGUUAUAAAUAAUUCACGAGGACUGGUCAGGAAUACGGAGCCAUGGUACGCUUGAAUAUAUUAUGCGGGCAAAUGAAAACAAAACCCACUUAACGGUUAAUUAUAAAAUAUUUUGUUUGAGUUAUGGAAACACUAAUGUUUUGUUCCACAUUAGCCGAUAAACAGAAAUUCACCUAAAUCGAUUUCGAGAAACGACUUCAAUGUAUUCGAUUUUACGAUCGGUUUCCGGACGGAAACCGAGUCUAAUAUUAAUACAUGUUUUCAUUAGCCAGUUAUAAUAUCGCACUGAUUUCUGUUCUAAAUGAAUAGGCUGUUGCUUGGUAGGGGCAGUUUUUUUUUUCGAUUUAAACCCAUCUACUUUAAAUGACGAUUUAAUAUAUUUCUAUUAUUAGUUCGAAUCGUCACCAUUUCGACCAAACGCAACCUAUAGUGUCUAAAUGCCAGAAAUCAUAUAGGCACAAAAUACCAAGCCCUAUAACCUAUCUAUUUAAUAGAGAUUAGUGUUAGUCUGUGGUUUCCUUACAAGUGACAGUUAAUUGAUUUUCAAAUCAUGUAAGUUUCUAAAUUCGAAUUUUAAAAAAGGAACAAAGAAAAAACUUCCAUUUAUGGUGGCAUUACAAACUGUCAAGACGUCUUAUUGUAAAUACAUUCUAGAUAAAAUUUGCGAUGUAUUAAAUCUAUUAAUAUAAUCAUCGUUAUUUACCGUUUCCCACCAAAACAUGGCUCCGUAAACCACAGCAUUCUCUAUAGGAACGUCAAGAGGGGUCAAACAGUAUUAAUUAUCUAUACCUUACUUACAAUAAUUUUAACUUAAUGCUCUCGCUGACGCAUGUUUGUACAAAUUACGGACAAUUUAAAACAUUUAAAGAUGUGUAUAAUAUUAAACAUCUAAAGUAGAAUUUAAAAAUUCACCUUUUUACGUAGGUUUACCAAAUGAAGAUUGAUCGAAACUUUUAGACAAUAAACUUUUUACAGCCUCUUUUACCGACAAAUAAAUAAAACAAAUCUUGAAAUACAA